GCGUCAUACCGACGCAGAAUGACGUAGACGUUCUACACACCAGUCUCUCACUGCUGAAUGGUUAUUGUUUGAGGUAACGUAAGAGCUGCAGUCAACAGCAGGUAGGAUGUUGCGGCUUCGCUGUAAAACCAAAAACGGGAGCCACAUAAUGCAGGGCUUGACUCAUCAGUCCUGCGUGCAAGAGCUAAAGAGCAAGGUGGAGGAGCUGACUGGGAUCCCCUGUGAUGUGCAGAAAAUCAUGGUUGGUUAUCCCCCCUCCAGCCUGGAUCUUAAAAAUGGAGACGCUCACCUCAAAGACUACCCCAUCCAAUCCGGAGACACACUCAUCGUUGAGGAAGACAAAAACAAGCCAAAGCCGCCUCAGGAUCACCCCACUGUGACCAAAGUACCACGCCUGGAAGCCUCUCCCAUGCUGGCCCGUCGAGUGGUCCCGGCUGACAACUCCUGCCUCUUCACCAGUGUGUAUUACGUGGUGGAAGGCGGAGUGUAUGACCCCGCUUGUGCCCCUGAGAUGCGAGGCCUCAUCGCCCAGAUUGUGUCGAGCGAUCCCGCGGCUUACUCGGAAGCGGUGCUGGGAAAGACCAACGAGGAGUACUGCUCUUGGAUCAGACGUGACGACACCUGGGGGGGAGCCAUCGAGGUGUCUAUCCUGUCCAAGUUUUACCAAUGUGAGAUCUGUGUGGUGGACACUCAGACAGUCCGAGUGGAUCGGUUUGGGGAGGACGCUGGCUACCACAAACGCGUGCUGCUCAUCUACGACGGCAUCCACUAUGACCCGCUUCAGAAAGAAACGCCCGGCUCCGACACACCGCCCCGUACUAUCUUCUCGACUGCUGACGACGUCAUCCUGGCACAGGCCCUCGAGCUGGCAGACGAGGCUCGCCGCAAGCGGCAGUUCACGGACGUUAAUCGCUUUGCGUUGCGCUGCAUGGUGUGCCAGACGGGCCUGGUGGGACAAAAGGAAGCUCGGGAGCACGCCAAGGAGACGGGCCACACCAACUUUGGCGAAGUGUGAACACUGUUUUUGUCUUUUCUCUCUCUCACAAAUACAACAAUUGUGUCAAUCUGCUCGUGUGAUCCUCUACCUCACAUUGUCCAGCAACAUCUACUGUGUCGCAGCCUCUUACUCGUUCAGUAUUACUUUUUAACUGCUGUCAGUUGUCAAAGUCAGAAAGGCUCCUGCAGCCCUCGGAUGUCUUCAGACCGUCAUUGUGGUCUGUUUGGGAUGGUUUGAAAUGGGUUCAGCUGGGUCAGGUAAAACCUGCAAACCAUUCUUAGGAUUUGUCUUAUUCUCUUUCAAUAACUCGAUGGCUGGGUUGUAU